AUGGAGCAACCUCAUGGCGAGCAAGAUGCUUUGUCUACGGGCAGGCGAAUCUAUUUAGCUCAAGGCAACCUACCUUACAACGCCAAACCUUAUGAUAUUGAAACCCUUCUCGGGGGCAGCGGAUUCAACCAUUUGGAAAACGUCCACAUCUCGAUUGACCCAGUCAGCGCGCGAAACCCGGGAUACUGCUUUGUCGACUUUCUUGACCGGCAAACUGCCGACCGAGCUCUUUCCGACUUGAAGGCUUCCAUCAACGGGCGACAUGUCAAAGUUGGUCCCUGUCAGCCCAAGAAGCAGAACAAGUCCCGUUGGGCCAGCGAAGAUGACCCCGUUAACAAACGUUGGGGUGAUUGGAAUUCCCAAAAUGGCAACCCCAGAAGCAUGGAUCGGACUCAGAACGGUCAAGGUCCUCACUGGGCGCUGGAUCACUUCGAUGAUAUGGUAGACCACCUCGGGGGACGAAGACUAUAUGUCGGCGGGUUGGACAUGAUGGUCAACCAGGCUUUACAUAACACAGAGAUGACCGAGCUGUUUGCUGAAUUCUGCCCAACUGCGAUUGGCAAAAGAAUCACACCACAUGAGAGUCAAAGAUCUCUACCAGGCCAUCAUCACUACUGCUUCGUUGAUUUCGCUACUAGGGAACAGGCAGCCAACGCGAAAAACGCACUAAAUGGUCAGCCCUUUGGAGAAGAAAAUUUGAAGGUAUCAAUUGCAAGGUCGAUACCGAAAAAAUUAGUGAAUAGACAUACGGUGACGAGAGAGGAUCAUCCGGGGUGCGAUGAAAAAGUCUUCUAUCGUCCCAGCAACUCUUCUUCUGAAAGUAGGGCCCAAGAAUCCAACAACUGGCGCAACAAGAACUAG